AUGGUUUUUAUUCAUGCUUAUGCGUUCUUCGAACGUCUUUUGGCUAUGAAACAUCAGAAAGAUUAUGAAAAGCGCGGAAAAGUUGCUGGUGUUAUUGGCAUUACAAUUACGGUAUGUUUUAUACAUUUUUUACUAUUGGCGUAAUGAAGGAUAAAGGGGUAGGGUAGUGUACGGUAAUGUAUGAUAAGGUAGGGUGAAGUAGAGAAAAGUUAAGUAAGGCGCAGUACAGUAGAAUACUGUAGUAUAAAGUAAGACAGUGUAGAAAAAAGUAAGGUAAUUUAGAAAAAUAUGAUACAGCGCGGUACGGUAAGAUACGGUCAUAUAAAGUAGAGUAGAAUACGGUAAUGUUUGGAAGAGAGGGUAAACCAAAGGACAGUAAGAUACGGCGCAAUACGACGAGAUACCGUAGUAUUAAGUAGGGCAUGGUAGGGUCGAAUUUUUAAAUUUUUUUUAUUUUAGUGGAUAUGCAUCAUUACAUUCAAUACCUAUAUCUUGUCCGGAUCUAACCAAAACGAAGAGUUACCGUAUUGCACUGCUGGUUCGUCGACAACGCGAAAUAAAACCAAAUGGAUGUUUAUUAUCUUAGUGCCAGCUGAAAUCUCCCUGACUCUUGGGGAUUUUAUAUUGUGGUACAAAAUCAAAAAGAUCAACAAUAUAAAGUAA